AUGGACCAGGGCAGCUGGCCGUACGGUCACCCUGCACCGGCGCAGCCCUACUCGUCCCGCGACGACUCGACCGCCCGGUUCGACGACUCGACCACGGCGCUCUACACGACGGCUCAGCAGCCGCAGCAGCAUGCCCACGGCGCCCUGCAACACCAAUCGUACGCUUCGACCUCGCACCAGACGCUCGACACUGCGCGCGACGACCACUCGGCCGCGUUCGACCACCGCGACGACGACCUCGCACGGCUCAGCAACGCCCGCAUGUCCAAGAAGCCCAAGCCGCGACAGCCAGCUCCAGACGGCGUCGUCGUCACCGACAAGUCGUGCGUGCGCUGCCGGGUCCGCAAAGUACGGUGCAACCGCGUCUUUCCACAGUGCGACCACUGCACGGCGAGGAGCGAGGACUGCGACCUCAAGGACUGGAAGCCCAAGCCCAAGAUCAAGCCGACCGACCCGGCUCGCGUCGCCGCGCUUGAGAAAAGGCUCGCCGAGCUCGAGCAGCAAGUCGCUCAAGGCGGCGCCGCCGUCGAUCAGCCCUUUCCGCCCGACGCCUUCGACUUUCCGCCCGACAUCGCCUCGUUCCGCCCCGCGCACGCCCAGUCGACUGUCGCCCUCGACACGGCAACCACCCGUACGACGCGCAGCAUCGGCCCGCACUCGCUCGACUGGCGCCUCGCCGAGCCGCACAUGGCCUCAAGCCUCUCGCGGCACCUGUGCGACGCCUUCUCGGACAGCUGCUGCUUCCUCCUCCCGACCUGGGAGUUCUUCCGCGCCCGCAUGAGCGACUUCCUGCCGGGCAACGAGGAUCGGCUGAGCGCGGCGCAAAGGGUCGCUCUCACGACGUUCUGCGCCAUCGGUGCACGGUCCUCGCCUCAUUCUGCCGUCCUCGGCAUCUCGCUCAAGCCCGAGGACACGCUCGAGCACCCGAACGCGCCCCUCCUCAGCGCCGGUACUCGCCGCCAGAACGCCUGCCGGGCCCUGUUCGACAAGGCGCACGCCGACAACUACGAGUCGGGCACGAUCGAGACGCCGACGGCCGAGAACUUGGCGACACUCCUCGCGCUUUUGCAGCUCUCACUCUUCGCCGAGUUUCACCCGAUCAAGUCUCGACCGCUCCUGCGCUCGGCCUUGAGCCACUACCGCGACCUGCAAGACGAAGCCGAGACGGAGCAAGAGCGGGCGAGCGUUCGGUCGACUUUCGGCUUCGCCAUCUACACGGUCGAUUGCCUCAUCUCGGCGCAUGCGCGGCGCCGGCCCCAGAUCUCGGACGACGACCUGCGCGACUACUUUGCCCACGACACGCGCAUCCUCAAGACGGCCAAGCAUCUGUUCGCGUGCUGGGUGUGCGCGUGUCAGCGGCUCUUUGCGCAGAUUGUCGCUCCAACGAUGGCGCCGAGGAGAACCGCCGAGGAGAGGGUCCGAGCCAUCGCUCAGCUCUGGACGGCCAUCGACUCGACCCACUCUGCCGCCGAGUACCUCCUCAGCCUGUCGCCCCCUCGACCGGGACCAGCUCAGCUCGCGAGCCUCGCGCCCGGCCCGAUCGACCACCACGACCUGCACGAGCACGACUACGGCGCGCAGCUCAUCCGCCUCGACCGCGACCUGCUCGACCUCGUCAACCUCGUCCACGCGCACCUGUCGGACAAGGCGGCGGCGGACCUUCCGGCGACGUGCGUCGAGGAGAGCACUCGGCGGGUACGGCGGGCGCUCAAGCGCAGGGCGGGCUACCUCAAGGCGUACGUCGACGGAGCCGACGCCCACAUGACCUUCCACGAGCUCCUGCAGCUCGAGCUCCUGCCCGACUGGACCAAGCUCGUCUUGCAGCGUAUUGGUGAGUCUGGUGGGCCGAGCAGCGUCGACGAGGAGGUCGACGAGACGGAACUGAGCUGGUUCGUCGAGGGCCUCCAGCACGCCUGCUACUUCCACCCGCACGCCGAGACGCGCCUCCUCGAGCUCGCGCCGCACAUGGCCGCCGUCGAAGGCCGGCUCGACCUGAGCCCGUACGCGCAACCUGCGCCGAGCCCGCUCCCGGCCGCGUUCGUCAACACGUCCCUGCCGACGACCUCCUCGGCGGCCGUCGCGUCGCUCUUCUCGCCCAGCACCCUCGCCGCCGCCUGGACCGACGUCGACGGCUUGUCCCUCCCUCUCCCGCCGCCGCCGACCUCGAACCCGCUCUUCUUCCCCGAUCCCUCCCCGCCGACCGCCCCUCUCGGCCUGUCGUCCUCGUUCGACGUCGACGUCUCGACAUACGGUCCCGGCGACGGCGGCGCAGGUGCCACGGCGCCGCUCGGGCCGCCGGGCAACGACGAGUUCGACUCGCUCGCGGCGUCGCUCGGGUUUGGCGGCGCGCUCGACUUCCUCGGCGGCUCGACGAGUGCCUCGCAAGGGUGGACUGGUGGAGCAGUGUAGCCUCUCGCAAUGUCAAAGUCACUCUUUCCUC